AUGUCGUGUCGGGUCGGGACCGUUCCCACCACGACAAAGCGUAUAGGCUUACCCGUCUCGUUCAUAGGAUAUACCUUCCUGCCUUGUGUUCUUUCUGGACUGAGCAGAGCUCCUCAAUAUUUAGUGAACUGGCAAGGCUCUUCUAAUGAUGGUUGUAUAGUGGCUAGUGAUAUUGACAGUGUGAUUCUUCCUAUUGAUGCUUGUGGGGGUGAUGCUGUUCUUGCUUUUGCCAGGAGCAUAAGAAGAAAUAAGCCCCUCAUAAUAGCUGUUGAGGAGAAUGAAACAGUGCUUGAUGACACUCCUGAGAAGCUUGGCAUUCAAGCAGUCAGGGUAAAAAAUUACUGGGAAGCUGUGGGAGUCGUUGCAGCACAUAAGGCUGGAGUGGAGCCGAAAGCCCUCAGGAGAGAAGGAAUUGAUAGGAUUAAGUAUGCUACACUCUGAUCUUCCAAUGCUUCUUUGACUGCCUUACUGUAAUUUUAACGCAUUAUUUUACUCUCUUAAAACUUGUUUUCUAAAUUUCUCGAUUAUUAAUUAUUGAUCACCUCAGAACCUAUAAUCGAUAGAAAUAAUAGCUUAGAAGAAGAAGAAUCAGAUGCCCCUUAAAUCUGAUGAAAUUUAAUAGCUUAAUAAAUUUAGCUCAUGAGUAUGUCCUCGUGAUGACUGGCUUGAAA